GGAAGUUCGCAACGCUUUGAUGCUAACUUGAGACAAAGAGCGAAUACGACGAAUGUAUUAUUUAUUAUUAUUGUCAUUAUUGUUAUUAUUGCCAUAAUAUUUAUCAAACUAUUUUAAAAUGUUGAAAGAGUUGGUGAAGGAGCGACUAAUGGUGGCGGCGGAUGAAAUAUUCGCGCUGUUUGAAAGAACCAUCGCGUCGUACGAGAAGGAACUUUCUAGAAGAAUAGAGGAGCGACAUCGACAACAAUUGGAAGCUGCUGGAACAACUAAAGUGGUGGUACAUGCCGAAGACGUCCAGGAGCUGAUUCGGCAACAAGAACGUCCCCCUCAGCCACAGGAGGGAAUCCCCGCUUGGAACCAGGAGGAUCCACAGCCCCCCCAUAUUAAAGAUGAAGAGGAGGAACCAUGGAUCACUCAGGAGGGGGAUUAUCUUCUCGGACCGGAGGAAGCGGAUCUCGCCAAGUUGCCGCUGACCGUUGUCUCCGUGAAGACUGAAGACGAAGACAAGAAACCACCCGAGUCCUCGCAGCUCCGUCACAGUCCAAGUGAGGAGACCAGGUGGGCGGAGCCUCCUGGCUGUAGCUCAACACAACACAUGACAACAGAAGCUUACGGAGACCACGGUGGGGGAUCGCAAGCAGAGGACCGGGACAACACCCAAGAACCUUUGAGCAGCGUUGCGCACCGUGAAGGCGACGCCGACAACAAACAAUCCAAAAAGAAGGCCGGUAGAAAAUGCUCGUUUUGUGACAGAAGUUUCUGCAACAAAAAGGAGUUUGCCCGACACAUGACCUCUCACAAACCUUUCAGUUGCUUACUUUGUGGCAACACUUUUACUCGCCGGUCCACUUUGAAGAGGCACAUGAUAACCCACACCGGGGUAAAACCCUUCAUUUGCUCAGUGUGCGGCGAAAGAUUCACACAAAAGUCCAAUUUGAAAACACACAUGAGAACACACACGGGGGAAAGACCCUUUAAAUGCUUGAUUUGCGGCAAGACCUUCUCUCACAAGUCCAACUUGCUCUCACACAUUAGAACACACACCGGGGAAAAGCCCUUCAGUUGCUCCAUUUGUGGCGAACGAUUCUCUCAAAAGGAAAUACUGCGGAGACACAUGAAAAGACACACCGGGGGGAACCCUUUUUAGAGGUGUGUGAUUGAAAAGGUUCUCUCUGGCGACAUCUGUGGUAAAACAGGAGAACACACGCAGGAAGACGUCAACCUUGUAAAUGCUCAGUUUGUGGCCCUACCAGAUAUUGGACCUUGUAUUUGAAGAGCGACUUCCAUGCAGGCAGCGUGGCGUCGCAUACAAAGCAAGCGUUCCAAUGACUUAAAAUGAUUUAUUUUGCCUGCUUCAAUGUAAAAAGACAACCUGUCAGGUUAAGCAUCAGCUCAAAUUAGCAACUAACUCCUACGACAUCAUCAUCGGCGAGCAUGACGGUCCUCCUGGUAGGGGCGUAUCCCUUUAUGGAGGAUGCCUGUGCAUGACUUAGACUGGUGCACAGACAGUCUCUACACCAUCAGGGUCCAGUGGCAUGGAGUCCAAGACGACCGGGGACCCUUUUCUGCUGCAGCCUUCAUCCGCCAUCCAGCCGUUUUGACGCUCCAUAGGGUUAGCAAUCAUCCUCCGCCUGUUCCACCGUUGAGGUCCUGGGUCGUUAUAUGGAUGUGGGUGUGCCUUCUUCCGCCAUCGCAGCCAUUGUGGUAGUUCUUGUAUCUACCAUCUUCUGCCGUUGAGGUCUUCAUUGUAUCCUUAACUGGGGGGCAGUCAGGUACUAGGCCUAUGCCAAGGGCCACCUGUGGUAACAGUUGUAAAGGGGUUAACCUCCUAGUUCCCCAAGACCCCUUAGAGGAGCCUCCACUGCCGGAUGCACAUUAACAUCAUGCCCAGGACACAACUCCUCCCACCCAGGAUCAUAUCACUUACCGUGUGAGAAUGUUUGAAUUGGAUUCAAAUCGGAAUGGUGAUUCUCAUUCUUGACAAUCCAUUGAUCAAUUCGAGAUAGGGUGAGAAGCUCUGCCAUCCGGGAGGAACUCAAAGUAAAGCCGCUGCUCCUCCACAUGGAGAGGAGCCAGAUGAGGUGGUUCGGGCAUCUGGUCAGGAUGCCACCCGAACGCCUCCCUAGGGAGGUGUUUAGGGCACGUCCAACCGGUAGGAGGCCACGGGGAAGACCCAGGACACGUUGGGAAGACUAUGUUUCCCGGCUGGCCUGGGAACGCCUCGGGAUCCCCCGGGAAGAGCUAGACGAAGUGGCUGGGGAGAGGGAAGUCUGGGCUUCCCUGCUUAGGCUGCUGCCCCCGCGACCCGACCUCAGAUAAGCGGAAGAAGAUGGAUGAAUAGAUGUUUUUUUUAGGCCAUCUCUGCUUAUACUUACUGCGCCUAUCCGUCAUACGCCAGCAGCCAAGAGCAAGGUGUAACCUGUUUUGAAUGGGUUAUACUUGUACUUGUAUAGCGCUUUUCUACCUUCAAGGUACUCAAAGCGCUUUGACACUACUUCCACAUUCACCCAUUCACACACUGAUGUUAGCUGCCACGCAAGGCCCUGACCACCAUCAAGAGCAAGGGUAAAGUGUCUUGCUCAAGGACACAACGGAUGUGACAAGGUUGGUCGAAGGUGGGGAUUGAACCAGGAACCCUCAGGUUGAUGGCACGGCCACUCUCCCAACCGCUCCACGCCAAGUGUUUAUGGCACCAAACCAGUGCUCAAACCCCACGCAGAGUUUUUAUGCAUGCACAGAGUUUUGGAUUGGAAAAUCUACGCGUAAAACUCUUUCUGCGCUGGCCCCAGUAUGGACUGGACUCUAACUAUUAUAUUGGAUCCACUAUGGACUGGACUCUCUCACUAUUAUGUUAGAUCCACUAUGUACUGGACCCUCACUAUUAUGUUAGAUCCACUAUGGACUGGACUCUCACUAUUAUGUUAGAUCCACUAUGGACUGGACUCUCACUAUUAUGUUAGAUCCACUAUGGACUGGAGUCUCUCACUAUUAUGUUAGAUCCACUAUGGACUGGACUCUCACUAUUAUGUUAGAUCCACUAUGGACUGGACUCUCAGAAUAUUAUGCUAGGUCCACUCAAAGGUUUCUCAUUGUCCCAUUGGGUGAGUUUUUCCUUGCCCUAAUGUGGGAUCUGAGCCCAGGAUGUCGUUGUGGCUUGUGCAGCCCUUUGAGACACUCGUGAUUUAGGGCUAUGUAAGUCAACAUUGAUUGAUUGAUUGCUACGUGCCUGUGGACUUUGUUUGUACUCGCGGUCGGCUUGUCCCUUUCCCCAUGUGCGCCACCUUCCCUCACCCUGGCACUUCCUGGCCGUAAAGCCUGUUGGGUUGAGUUUGUCCUUGCCCUGAUGUGGGCGUGUGCGGCCCUUUGACACACUUGUGAUUUAGUGCUAUAUAAAUAAACUUUGAUUGACAUA